AAAAAAAACUUUAAACAAGCAUUGCAGAGAAUCACACGUUUCUCUCUUCUACCGCUUGAAAAUUCCAAAGCAGCACCAUAUAAAUUGUCUUCUUCUCAUAAUAUCUAACUUCCCAUUCUAAAAAUUGAUUGAUUUUUUUCGAAAUUUGCCCUUUGAGAUCGAUCAUCAAUGGAAGUUUCUAUGAUCUCCGAUACGCUAACGGCGGUGGUAACCACUCAAGGCUUAGGUGUUUCAAAGUUUCUGCUGAAUCGCAAUCUCAAUUUCUCAUCAAACAACGUUUUCUCAAUCUCCGAUUCCUCAUCGGAGCAGCAAUCACCUUCCACCGCCGGAGUUCGUCAAAUUUCCGCUGUGAUUUGUCCGAUCGAUGCCUUAGCGCCGCCUCCUGUAAAGUACAAUAAGGUCAAAGCCGCACCUCGAAGACUGGCUCGUAAGACAAGGCGGAUUAUACGGAAGUCGUUGAUCGGUGGAGCUGAUGAAGGUGAUGAAAACGGAUUUUUAUUUGAUGGAGGUAAUUAUGACGGGCCGUUUGGUGGUGGUAGUAGCUGGGGCGGUGGUGGUGGUGGUGGUAGAGGAUGGAAUUUUGAUGGAUUUGGAGGGGCAAAUUGGGAAGAAUCUUCGUCGAACUCGUUUUCUGAUCCGGCUUUUGAUUUUGUCUAUGAGUUGAUGUGUUGGGCUGCGUUGUCGAAUUGCUUGCAUUUUGCGUUUAAGAAAGUGGUGAGAAUUGUGGCUGGUGGAUUCAGUGAUACAGCUAGAGAGAAGGUUGUUCCAGUUAGACUCACAUCUGUCUACUGAAUCAACCAAACGACCUGUGGGAAUCCAAUCGAUGGAGAAGUAAUUCGGGACACGCUGUUAGUUUGCACGAUGAAAAUGGCAAAGAGGUAAGUAUCACAAUUGCCAUUACAGUAGAAACCACAAGCAUAUUUUGGACCAAAAGUUCCUUUGAGUAGUAUGGCUCUUACUGUUGAGCCAUCACUGAAAUCCACUGAAUGGUCUGCAGAAAUGCUGUUAACCCAAGUUGUAGAAAGAUUUGCAGAUGGAUAAUCAUAAGGUUGGCUACUUAUCAAAUGAAAAGAACAACAAAGAAUUAAAAAGAAAAAAGGUAAAAACUGGCAUAAAGCCAUAAAGACCAUCCAAACAAGGCAAAGGGCCUUUAAUUCAUCAUUGAGAUGAACUUAAAUUUAAGAUGUUGGGUUGUUUGAAAGUUUCUUAGAUCUUAAUUUGCUUGUUAUAGACCCAUUAAUACAAUUUUUUAAUCCUUAAUGCAAAAUAUAAUUAUGGUCAA